ACAAAGUCAGAUUGAGGAAUUCCAGAACAGUUUUCAGACGUUUCAGUCGCCAUGCUCGAUUGCUUAUUUUCAUCUCGCGAGACUUCAGAAACAAGAUGGCGAUGCUGGGGCAACAAGGCCAGUGUAAAUUUGAAGACAAAUGGCCCAGUAUGCAGCCAACUGUGUUGAAGUUAUUGCGGCAAGAACCUGUUACCCGGGAUGAAUGGCAAGGACUGUUCUGGGCUGUUCACUCAGUUUGCAUGUGGGAUGAAAAGGAGGGUCCUCCAAAGAUCUAUGAAGCCCUGCAGAAAGACAUUCUGGAAUUCAUCAAGCAAGCACAGAGUCGGGUUCUUACACACAAAGAUGAAUCAGCUUUGCUGAGGGCAUACAUUGCUGAAUGGGGCAAGUUUUUUACUCAGUGCAACUACUUGCCAAAGCCUUUCAAUCAGCUUGAGGCCAACCUCCUUGGUAAGCUGCACUCCAGCAUGCCCAAAAAGACUCAGUCUGGGGAGGAGAGCCUCGUUAGAAAGUUGAUGCUUGAUAGCUGGAAUCAGAGCAUCUUCAGCAACAUCAAGCACAGGCUUCAAAGCUGUGCCAUGAAUCUGGUCCGUGAUGAACGCUAUGGUGAUGCUUUCGAUACACAGCUUGUUAUUGGUGUAAGGGAAUCCUAUGUGAACCUAAGCUCAGAUGCAGAGGACAAACUGAAAAUCUACCGUGAGAAUUUUGAAAAAGCUUAUCUUCAAGCAGCAGAAGAGUUCUACAAAAUGAAUGCACCUCAAUAUCUUGGACAGAAUGGUGUUCAAAAUUAUAUGCGAUAUGCUGAUCAAAAACUCAAGGAGGAGGAGGCUCGUGCAAGGCGCUACCUUGAGACUGGAUAUGGAUGCCAGUCUGUGGCUGCUUUGACAGAGACCUGUGUCCGUGUUUUGGUGACAGAUUUCAAGGAAACAAUUUUACAAGAGUGUCCUCAAAUGAUCAAGAACAAAGAAACCGAAAAGUUGAGGCUGAUGUUCAGUUUAAUGGACCGGGUGGUCGAUGGCAUUACACCAAUGCUCCAUGAUCUUGAGGUUCACAUAGUUGAUCAGGGAUUGGCAGAUAUGAUGGCAUCUGCUGAGACAAUCACAACAGAUUCUGAAAAGUAUGUAGAACAACUUCUAGACCUCUUCAAUCGUUUCAGCAGCUUAGUUCGAGAUGCAUUUGGUGAUGAUCCUCGAUUCCUCACAGCUAGAGAUAAGGCAUAUAAAAAAGUUGUAAAUGAUACCUCAGUAUUCAGGCUUGAGAUACCUUCAAAAAAUAAAGGAAUGGGUGCUAAAACGCAACCUGAAUCAAAGUGUCCAGAGCUUCUUGCUAACUACUGUGAUAUGCUUUUGAGGAAAACGCCCCUCAGCAAAAAACUGACCUCUGAAGAAGUGGAAAAAAAACUAAAAGAUGUUCUGUUAGUGUUAAAAUAUGUUCAGAACAAAGAUGUGUUUAUGAGAUACCACAAAGCACAUCUGACACGACGUUUGAUUCUUGACACUUCAGCCGACAACGAAAAGGAAGAAAACAUGGUUGAAUGGCUUAGGGAGGUUGGUAUGCCAGCAGACUAUGUCAACAAGUUGGCACGCAUGUUUCAGGACAUCAAAGUUAGUGAUGAUCUAAAUGGAGAGUUUAAAGAAGCUCACCGCAACAACAAUGAAGGGCUUGCAGAUGCCAUCAACAUCAAGAUUCUGAAUGCUGGUGCUUGGGCACGGUCAAGUGAGAGAGUGUCAGUGACUCUGCCAAUGGAAUUAGAGGACUACAUACCACAAGUUGAGGAGUUCUACAGACUGAAGCAUUCAGGUCGAAAACUGCAGUGGCAUCAUUUGAUGUCAAAUGGCAUUAUAACAUUUUCCAAUGAUAUGGGCCGGUACAACUUGGAGGUGACUACUUUCCAGAUGGCUGUGUUAUUUGCCUGGAAUCAAAGACCACGAGAGAAACUGUCAUAUGAGAGUUUGCGUUUAGCUACAGAAUUACCAGAUGCUGAACUGCGCAGGACUCUUCUGUCCCUGCUCUUCUUCCCUAAAAUCAAGAGACAGGUACUUUUGUCAGGCCCAGAAGUAAAGGGCCCUAAGGACAUCCAUGAUGGUACUAUGUUCUGGAUCAACCAAGAAUUUGCUAUUAUUAAAAAUGGCAAAGUUCAAAAGAGUGGCAAGAUGAAUUUAAUUGGGCGGCUUCAGCUAUCGACAGAGAAGAGCAAAGAGGAGGACAAUGAGGGUAUCAUGCAACUUAGGAUCCUUCGUGUUCAGGAGGCCAUCGUGAAAAUCAUGAAAAUGCGGAAAAGAAUUACUAAUGCAGCAUUGCAGACUGAACUGGUAGAAAUCUUGAAGAACAUGUUUUUGCCGUCCAAAAAAUUGAUAAAAGAACAGAUUGAGUGGUUGAUAGAACAUCGUUAUAUGCGUCGUGAUGAAGACAAUAUCAACAUGUUUAUCUAUAUGGCAUAGUUGUUUCUUCUGCAAGCAUUGGCUAGAAGUCAAUGCAUGAGCACUGACACAGCGGUAACAGCUGUCAAUUUAAAGUUGCAAGAAGAUGCUUUUGAAUGCGCCUACAGUGCCUGCAUCAUCUCAUCCAGCUUGUGAUAGAGUGCCAUAUAGCAGACCAGAACAUCACCAACCAAUCUGGCAGAUUAAAGGAGAUGUAAUUUGAGCCUGGUGAAAUCCUUCACAGCAGAUUAAUUUCAAUUUUUGGAGAAGGACAGUGCAUGGUUUAAAUUGGAAUGAGCUUUCCUUUACCACAUACAGAGAAACUCAUUUAGGUGCUGCAUUUUGCAUUGUGUUUGAGCAUAUGUGUAUGUGUGUGGGAGUGGGAGUGAGACAGAGAGGGGGGAAGUGAAUGUGCGUGAGAGAGGAGAGCAGUUGCUAUGUUCUCGAUCUAGUCUUGACCACCGAAGACAUUCUUAAUUGUGUGACAAAUCCAUGGCUACAUUUUACCAUCCUGUGUAGCAAUCUGCUGGAAAAUUUUCUUUGAUUAUCAUGUUAAUAGGUUGUUAAAAAGACAAGAUCCCCCUCUGAAAAUUGCAUGAAAAAAAAAGGAUUUUUAGGUUGCAUUGUUGAGUCUACAACCAUCAUAUUUCACUAUUUUGUACUUGCUUUAGUUGAUAGUAUUUAUCGCCAGAACAUGUUUUGCAUGUCCUAUUUAGAUCUACUGUGUAUUAGAGUUUCUUUUUUUUUUCUAAUUCGAUUUUCUCAAAUUUGUUUUUAAACGUUAAAAUUGAUGCACUGAGCUUGUUUCUCAAGCAAAGUGAAAUGUCACAGUUUCAAUGAUAAACCAAUUUGACAUGCAAUAGCAAAGCUCUUUUUGUUGCUAUAGUAACAGACAGCAUUAUGACUAAAAAUCUUUUUUUCAUAAAAACUAAAAUCUCUGUUAUUGUGUAGAACUCACUUUUUGAAUCACAACCUAAAAAAGAAUGACAGUAAUUGGUUUGUUACAGAGAUUUUUUUUUUUCCUUGUGUAAAAUGUUUUAAAAUGGCAGCCAUUUGGAUCCCCUGUGGAAAUAACUGUACCUGGACUUUUGAAAACUCCAUUAUCUGUUUCUACUAAUGUAAGGUUAUUCAUAAAGUUUCAAGCACAUGUUUAAAGGAGGGGGGAAUUCACUAUUUCAGAGGGGGAUUUUGGCUUGAGUGAUUUCACCAGAUGUCUUUAAUUAUGGAGCCUGUUAUGAUAGAAGAGGCCUGCUUGCAGCUUUCUGUGCUGAAUAAUAUGCCUUUCAACUCUAAUUUCUCACCUCUGCUUACCUGGUAGUUAAAGACAACAGGACAGUAACAUUAGAAAAGCCUUUACAAGAGCGUAAAAUUUGUUUACAUUAAGAUUUAAAAAAUGGCUAGCUUCAUUUACAAGUUAUGUAGAAAUGUGUUUUGUAGAAAAGGAAUUAAACAUUUUUACCUUCUUAAUACUUGGCUACAAAUUUCUAUAACUGUAGGAAUCAAAAUGGGUAAUCAAAAAAAAUGAAGUUCAUGCCAAGACCACUUUUUUCCUUUGCAUGUGAGUACCUUAAGAGUGCCAAGAAAUAUCAACAUUUGUUGAUGGUCUGCAUCUGGUAUGCCUGAACUUAGGGAAGAAUGCUCGUAUACUGUGCGAGGUAAUAAUGUGUGAAAAAGAAAUUCCUUGUGAUGCAAUGCUGUUUUUAAAUAAAUAUCUGACGUGUAGCUAGGAAGACCCAAUAAAAGACAGAAUAAAGUCAACUGCUUGUUA